CCGAGGACCCUGGGGGUGGGUGGGGAUCACCGGAGUCCAGGGCGGCGAGAGUCGGCGGCCUGACGCGCGGCCCCGUAAGCCGGGGUGCGGGUCCUGGCUAAGACCAUACACGGCAUGGCACCCCCGGGACGCUGAGGGCCACCAUGGCCCUGGAGCGGGCAUUGCAAGCGUCGCGUCAGGGCGACCUAGAGACCCUGAAGGCGCUGCAGCGGGCCGGCUCGCUGCUGCCCACUCUGCGGGACCCGUUAGAUGCUCUGCCCGUGCACCACGCGGCCCGGGCGGGCAAACUGCAUUGCCUGCGCUUCCUGGUGGAGGAGGCAAACCUGCCCGCCACUGCCCGCGCCAGGAAUGGGGCCACUCCGGCCCACGACGCCGCGGCCACUGGCCACCUAGCCUGUCUUCAGUGGCUUCUCACGCAGGGCGGCUGCGGAGUGCAGGACAAAGACAAUUCAGGUGCCACAGUCCUACAUCUGGCUGCCCGGUUUGGUCACCCUGAGAUAGUGGAUUGGCUGCUUCGAUUUGGAGAGAGCGACCCUGCCUCGGCCACAGACACUGGAGCCCUGCCCAUUCACUAUGCUGCCGCCAAGGGAGACUUCCCCUCGCUUCGACUUCUUGCAAGCCACUAUCCAAAGGGGAUAAGUGCCCAAACCAAGAACGGUGCCACGCCCCUCUACCUGGCCUGCCAGGAGGGCCACCUGGAGGUGACGCAGUACCUGGUGCAAGAGUGUGAGGCUGACCCCCACACGCGUGCCAGUGAUGGGAUGACCCCUCUUCACGCUGCUGCCCAGAUGGGCCACAGCCCCAUCAUCGUGUGGCUGGUGAGCUGCACCGACGUCAGCCUUUCAGAGCAAGACGGUGACGGGGCCACCGCCAUGCACUUUGCUGCCAGCCGGGGCCACGCCAAGGUGCUCAGCUGGCUGCUGCUGCAUGGCGGGGAGAUAACCACUGACUUAUGGGGUGGGACCCCUCUGCACGAUGCUGCUGAGAACGGGGAGCUGGAGUGCUGCCAGAUCCUAGUAGUGAAUGGGGCCGAGCUGGACAUCCGGGAUCGGGAUGGUUACACAGCCGCUGACCUCUCGGACUACAACGGCCACAGCCACUGUACUCGCUACCUUCGAACUGUGGAGAACAUGAGCGUGGAGCACCGAGCCCUAUCCCGGGACCCAUCUGGAGAGCCAGAGGGCAAGCAGCCAGACUCCGGCAUGUCUUCUCCCAACACCACCAUGUCGGCUCAAGCCCCGCACUUCGACCUCUGCUCUCCCACCAGCACUCUCUCCAACUACGACUCCUGUCCCUCCAGCCGAUCCAGCACCCGAGGCCACCUGGGUGGCCCAGGGCCUAGGCUUCGAAACUCAACUGUCACAGACAUGCAGACCUACAUGGACAUGCUGAAUCCUGAGAUGGGCCUUCACUGCAGGAAGAGGGGAGGUCCCAGUACCCCACCACCCCCACCAAGCUUUCCUCCACCGCCUCCUCCCCCUGGCACUCAGAUACCCCCACCCCCUCCUGCCUAUCCUGCUCCCAAACCGCCCAGUGGGCAGCACACAGCUGAUAUCUACGUUCAGGCCAAGAGCAAACUUCGGCAUGUGGAGAGAGAAGCCCUGAAGAGGGAGCUGAGCUCCCGCGACGGCCACGACGGGCUGCGGCGGGUGGACUCGGGCCGGAAGUCCCGCAGCUUUGGCAAACAGCCCAGCACCGGGGACUAUUACCGCCAGCUCGGCUACGGCCCCGGGGAGCCCUUGGCAGCCAGUCUGGGGAUGGCCCAUAGCGAGGAGGCCGCUCUCCUCUCUGGUAGCCACGUGCACAACGGCAGCGUCGCAGACCACCGGGUGUCAAGGGACCUCCCGCCCCCGCCCCCGCCCCCGCCCUUGCCCGAAGCCCUGACUACACCUCCUCCACCGCCACCUCUGCCCAUCGAAGGGUCCGGGCCCAUUUGCAGCCAGCGCCGCUCCUCCUCUUCCACGGGCAAAGUGAGAGCUUUGAGGUGCAGAAAGAGUACCAAGUCCUUCAAUAUGAUGUCCCCAACGGGAGACAAUUCUGAACUCCUGGCAGAGAUCAAAGCUGGCAAGAGUUUGAAGCCAACGCCACAGAGCAAGGGCCUCACCACAGUCUUCUCAGGCAGUGGACAGCCCUCUUCUCCGACGGAUGCUCCACCCCUGUCUCCAUCACUGUCCCGGGCCAGGAGCCCCACUCCACCAGCCGGCUCCGUUCCAGGAGCAGGAGGAGGCUCCCACCAGCCUGUUCUCAAUGGCAGUUUGGCCCCACCGCUGACUACGACCCAGAACUUGCAGCUGGACGUUGAGACUCUGAUCCCCACACACGACGAGCAGGGACGCCCCAUUCCCGAGUGGAAGAGGCAAGUGAUGGUACGGAAGUUGCAGAUGAAGAUGCAGGAGGAAGAGGAGCAGAGGCGAAAGGAGGAGGAGGAGGAAGCCCGGCUAGCCAGCAUGCCUGCCUGGAGGAGGGACAUCCUUCGGAAGAAGAUGGAGGAGGAGAGGGAGCAAAAACGAAAAGAGGAGGAAAAACUGAGGCAGGAGGAGGCGCGGCGGGAGAAGGAGCAGUCCGAGAAGCUCAGGACACUGGGGUAUGACGAGACCAAACUGGCGCCCUGGCAGAGACAGAUAAUCCUGAAGAAAGGAGACAUUGCGAAGCAUUAGGUGCUGCGAGGGCCCUCCCUCCUCCCGCCCCCGCCCCAGCCUUUGCUGUGACUCACCCCGCCGGCCCCUCCCUCAGAGCUUCUGGAGCGGGGGAGAAAACUGGGGAGAGAGGAUCCGGAUAGGGCUUGGCGAGAUGCGGGGUCUGGGCUCGAAACAAGCACCCCCCCCCCAAAGCCCUGGUCCCUCAGUUUCUCCCCGACUCUCAGCCCUCACUCCCUCCCCCACCACACAAGAUAUGCGUGUAGCUGCCUUCUUCUUCCCUAGAUCCAUCCUCCAUCCCCGCCUCCCGGCCCCACGUCCCGGGGAAACUGUGCCGCAGUCCGCAUACAAAAAGUGUCCAAGCUGAGGACUCAGAGAGAACCGCUGCUGAUUUGCAUGCUAGUUUGCAUAUGAUUUGCAUGUCAUUGAACGUCAAAAUGUACGACUAGCUCCCAAACUCCGUGGGUGGUUGUUUCCCCUGGUCCCUUUUCUGGGUACAGUCAGAUCUACAGCCUCCGCCCUGACUCCUACUCCCCACGUUCGGGAAGGCUGACCUAGAGCAGCCUGGGACGUGGGGGGAGGGGACAAAAAAGGGGCGGGGGGAAAGACAGCUGGUUGGGGCGUGCGGAACUGCAGCUCUGUGGGGCUCUUUAAUUAGUAUUCUCCUCCCCCUUCCAUCCAGGUUUUCUCCUAUCCGUAGUAAGGGAUCAAGGCCCAUUUCUCCCUCCCCCUCUUCCUCCACCCCCCCCGGGCUUGAUCCUCCCUCCCUCCCUUUCUCAGUUUGCUUUCAGUCAUUUGUUUACCAGAAAGUGAAAGAAAAUUAGCUACCCUGGGGCCCGAACACCCACACUCCCCAGCCCCGCUUAUAUAUUUAUUCCCUGACGACACGUAGCUUCAGCAGCCGCCUCGGGGGUACAGACUUCCGCAGCUGCCAUAUCACCCCCAAAGCCCUCCCCCGAACCCCGAGGCCCCCAACCUAGGUCUUUACCAAGGGAAACUGUUGGGGGAAGGGCAGGGAGAGGAGCAGGAUGGGGCUUUUGUGCUUUCCUUUUUUUUUUUCUAAAUGGUUUUUGUCACUUUCCUUCCGGCGCCCUCAGCGGAAAAGUCGGAGCCCACGUUCCCUGCCCCUUCUUUUGCUCCAUUAAAGGAAUCCACCUGUUGUCCCAGG